UCACAACUCGGGUUGAACCCCUCUCCGUGGAAGAGAUCUACGACCAUUUCUUCUCCCAUGAACUCAGACUUGAGCACCAUCAGUCCGCCAUUGACCUCACUGUUAUUGGGGCUCACUAUGCAGCCCGUGGAGGAAAUUCUUCAUGUGGCUCUCAUAGUAGCCACAAUUCUAUCCUCAGAGCCCCACCUCCUGGAUAAGGGCCUUCACGUGGUAAUUCCAACAGGUAAUCAUGUGGUAGGGGCGCAACAUUCAUUCCUUUCCUAG